UCUCUUCUCUCUACAGAGCCUCUGCCCCCUCCCUACAGCCUGAGAAAGGUGCGGGUCCCUGUGGUGGAUAACAUGGCCUGUGACCAAGCAUACCAGGAAGGGGCAUCUACUAGUUCUUCCUCUAAGAAAAUUCUGGAUGACAUGCUAUGUGCUGGUGAGCCUGGCAAGGACUCCUGCCAGUAUGAUUCUGGUGGACCUUUAGUUUGUAAAGUCCAGAACAAGUGGCUUCAGGCUGGGAUUGUGAGCUGGGGAGAAGGCUGUGGCUUUCCCAACAGGCCUGGAGUUUACACUCGAGUCACUGCAUAUUUGGGCUGGAUUUUGAAAGAAAUGAAAUGAUUUUCUUGCCUAAUUUUUUAUCCUCUUAUGUAAGCUCGGUGUCUAUUCUAAUGUUGAUUUGAGACCCUCUGUCUUUUGGGAAAGCAAUAAAAUAAG